CUUACGUCGUAACCUGAACAAUAUCAACAACAAUACCAGCCCAUACUCGCUAAACACGGCACACCUAAAGUGCAGGGCGAGCUGAGCACUUAUAACAACAAUGGAGGUACUGCUAAGGCUUAUUAUACGCGUUCAUAGCCGCCUGCCGAGCCGUUCCCCCCCCCGCCGCCGCUGUCUGAGCUCCGGUGCUGGCGGCAGCAGCCUGCCGCGUCUCCCCCCUGCAGCGCUGGUAGCGGGCUCCUCUCGGGAGUUGCUCCACACGCUCCGCUCACAGGUGGAGGUGCGGACGGAGUUCAUCAGCGAGGUGGAGGAGGUCGCUCUGAUGCAGGAACUCGAACCGGGUCUCAGAAAGAAACGAUACCAAUUCGACCACUGGGAUGACGCCAUACACGGGUACAGAGAGACCGAGCGUGUGAGGUGGGGAGACGUGUGCGAGGGGGUUUUGAGCCGGGUUAGAUCUGUUGCCUUCCCUGAGGGCAGUCCACUUCUUGGCCCUGUACACGUCCUAGACUUGGACAAGGCUGGCUACAUCAAACCCCACAUCGACAGUGUUAAGUUCUGUGGCAGCACUAUUGCGGGUAUAAGUUUGCUGUCGGACAGUGUCAUGCGCCUGGUGAAGGAGGGAACCACCAACGAAUGGCUGGACCUGUUGCUGCCCAGACGCUCCCUCUACAUAUUAAGGGACCAGGCCAGAUAUGACUUCACUCAUGAGAUCCUGAAAGACGAGGAGUCGGUGUUCCACGGGCACAGAGUUCCUCGCCAGCGCCGAAUUUCUGUCAUUUGUCGAAACCUUCCUGUCUGAGGCAAGAGAGUCUUUGGAUAAAUACAGAUGACUGACUCCCACUUGACUAGAAUGUUACAAGUCUUUAAAAUGAACCAAGAUAAUUGUCGGUGUUUAUCUUGGUGAUUUUAAUAUCAUACAAUGUACACACGAUAUAUAAUAAGGGGUUGCCACACUGUGAUAUAAUGAAAUUAUUUAUACGUUGCAUUAUAUGUAAAAAUAUGUUGUAAAAAAGACAAUGAUGAAAUCACUAUUUUCAAAGCAAGUCAUGAUUUCACUAACAUCUUGUAGAAGAUUUGUGUUUUGAAAUUUCCCAGCCUGUGUGUGUUUGCCUGUUUCAGUGGAAGGAGGAAUGGGCACUGAAUGACAAAGGGAACGUUUGACCAGGAUAAGCACUGACAGCUUAAUAAGAAUUAUACAGUGGCUUCAGAAAGUGUGUUGACCCCUUCACUUUUUGCACACUAUUGUGCUGUAGAUUUAAUUUUAAGAGGCUAAAAUUGCCACUUUUGCCCAUCAAUUUACACUCGAUAACCCGUAAUGACAGAGUGAAAACAUGUUUUUGGAAUUUUUUUCCAAAUGUAUUAAUCAAAAACUGCAAUUUCUCAUUUACAUAAGUAUUCAGACCCUCUUAAUUGUGGUCAGGUGCAUCCUAUUUGCUUUAAAGAGCCUUGAUUUGUAGAACUUGAUUGGAGUCCACCUGUGGCAAAUUGAAUUGAUUGGACAUAGUUUAGAAAAACACACACCUGUGCGUUUACUUUCUGAAGCCACCAUAUGUACAGAAUAUAGUGUAAACUGAGGUUACAUUAAGUUCCUUUUUUUCUGCAAAGGUUUGAAAUUGUGCAAAAGAUUCCUGGAGUCUGAAGUGAGUUCAUGCAGUGGUUGUUUCAUAGUAUGAGUAUUAUCUUACUUAGGGGACGUAUCAUGAUUAUUCAAAAUGUGGGGCGGUUUCUCAGCUGUUUUAAUCAAGUCAGAAUAA